CACAAAUCACACAAAAGACAGACAAGCAUAAGCAAUGAACCGACAGAAUUUGAAGAGAUUUCAGUUCCGUAGAUGGGGAAAACGAAUCGGAAGCUCAACAACGACGGCCUCAGCUAAGCUAGGAAACGCUGGGGAAAGAACGAUGGUUGCGUUUGCGUUCUCAUCAUCAUGUUGUGGGAAACCUCCUCGCGUUCUUGUGAAGCAGUUUGUUUGGAGGUUGAAAUCACGUUUGAAACUGUCGAGGAAGAGUGAUAAUCAUAAUAUUCAGUGCAGCUAUGAUCUCCGGAGUUAUCAUCUCAAUUUUGACGAUGGUUGGUCUUGUCGACGAUAGUUUUAAACUUUUACAGAUAAUAUUAUCAUUUAUCUUUAUCGUUGGAGUCGUAUAUUUGUUGUAUUUUGUAAAUAGUAUAAAGUCCAAGUCUGAAAACACAUUUUGAUAAUCUUCUUGUUUUCUUUCAUGUAAAAAUUGCAAGAUCUUUUGUUUUGUUCAUAUGCUUCGUCUAUUUUGUAAAAUAUAGAAAAAGUACAUCUUAGAAAAAUAUCAAUGCUUGUCUAAAGUCUUUUGUUUACUAGUUGCAUACUCCCCGCGCAAGCGCGAGGCCGGGA